AUGGGUCUCCCGCCGAUCUCCGUCGCUUACUCUCCGCCAGCCAAUUGCUCUUGGACCCACGUGGCUCUUCAGUUCAAUGCUUCUGCCAGUGGUUUCCAAUACAACCGUAUCGCCGCCGUUUGGCUUGAUGGAGCCGAGCUACUCCGUACCAGCACCCCGCAAUCUACUGGAAACGGCGGUUUCUGGACUGUUACUAAAGACGUUACCAGGUACUCCUCCAUCCUCGUCAAGGAGAAUAUUUCUCUCACUGCCAUGCUUGAAAAUGUGAUCAACGACAUUUAUACAGGUGUAUAUCAUGUCAAUAUUAGUUUCCUGUACUAUGAUGCUAAGAACAUGAAUGUUCCAUUAUCAAGUAGUAGUAGUAGUACUAAUCGGAAAUUGAAGCUGGAAAAUGAUGUGUUUGUGGAUAAUCCGAUAAUAACGGGAGUGAACAAUUUGACAAGUGAGUAUGACAAAGACAAAGAGAAGCCAGCUGAUUUGAUAAUUCCAAUAAUAUCAGGAAAUGGGAGUGAAGGAUUUUGGUUCCGAAUUCUAAACGAAUCGGAGUUGCAUGGACAGAGAGUUAUUAUUCCGAGUAACACAUACAAAGCUGUGAUUGAAAUUUACGUUUCAUCUCACGCGUAUGAUGAGUUUUGGUACUCAAAUCCUCCAGAUUCGUACAUACAGAAUAACAGUUUGACUACUAGGAGAGGCAACGGAGCGUAUAGGGAAGUUUUACUGAAUAUAGAUGAGAAUUUGGUAGGAUCCGUGGUUCCAUUCCCUGUGAUUUUCACAGGUGGAAUUAAUCCUCUGUAUUGGGAUCCAAUUGUUUCAAUAGGGGCAUUUGAUCUUCCUUCUUACGACAUUGACUUAACACCAUUUUUGGGGGUUUUACUUGAUGGCCAAGCCCAUUUUCUAGGGCUUGGGGUUGCGGAUAGUAUUCCCUUUUGGCUUGUGGAUGCCAACUUGCACCUUUGGUUGGACAACAAUUGCGCAUUGCCAUGUCAAGUGCUGGCUAAAGCUCUUGAUUCGGGUACUCCUAAGUUCAAGAUUGAGCGAUCUUCGAGCUUUGUAGGACUCGAUGGAUCAUUUGAGGUUAAGAUGAAGAGGAAGAGCAAGUUUUCUUCUUGGGUGAAGACAACACAAGGCAGUUUGACUACUAAAGUUUCGCGAGAACUGAAGUUCAAGAACAAAAUAAAAGUUUAUCAGAACGGAACUGAGAAGAAGAUUAAGCAAAAGGUAAAAGAAGAGAUUGAAGUUAGAGUAUUGUCAGAGAGUGGUAGCACGAUAUCUAAGACCAAAGUGAAGAGGAAAUACCCGCUUACUAUAACCACGAAAACUUUGCCAUCACGAGAGGAUGGUACGAGGUUGAUGCUUUCUAAUUUGGACCAUAAAUGGAAGGAGAAGAAGAAAUCGAAAGGAUAUUCUUCAAUCUCUUUGACCAAUAGGCAGCAGUGCAGCGCGUGGAUGGUUGUUCAAGAUCACAAUGUUUUAUACGACGGAGCAACCACUGAACAGAGUUAUUCUUAUAAGGGUGAAGCUGGUUGCUAUUCUCGAGUCAUUUCAGCUGUCAAUGGCAAGCUUAUGAAUCACAUUGCAGACAGUCUUUGUGCAGCUCCGUUGACCUUUGGUUCAGUUUCUGCUUUGUGA